CAUUCAGAGCUAUGAAGAACACGCUCAAGGUCAAUAUUCGACUUCGGAUACAGCCUUAUACACACAGGUUCACUCUCACUAAAGUAAAAAAGCAACCUCUGGGCAUGUAUCUCGACAAACGUUGCGUUAUAACUCAAGUGUAUGAGGGGACUUCUGCCGCCAAAGCAAACAUACUUACUGGCCAGAGAAUUAUUGGAGUGGGAAGGGCCUGUAUUCCUGGUGCUGCUACACCCAUGAUUGCCGAUUUACUCUGCCGAUGUGGAAGAAAGGUAGAAAUAGCAACAAUGUCCAUCGAAGUCUACACGCAACUUACAGCAAAUUGGGUGACCAGGAG